AUGGUCGACAAAACGCGUUCGGAGUAUGACCAAGGUUUCUUGGAAGGAAAAUCGUGUCAAUCGUUUGUGCGUGCCUGGCUUGAAGCUGUUACAUGCCAUGCAUUUCUCUGGAAGCACGGUGUUGAGCAUGGCGACCCGAGUCUCUAUAAUAUCAUGUACGACCCUCAAACGCAUCAUGGAGUGAUGACGGACUUCGACCUUGCCAUAAUCCAAUUUCUUCCACGUAUUCCAGGAACCGAUCGAACGGGGACGGUCCCUUUUAUGGCAACGGACCUCUUAUCAGAGGAGUAUUGGUUCGGCCUGAAAAUCCGCUACUAUCAUCAUGAACUCGAGGCUUUCAUCUGGGUUCUACCCUUUAUUUUUCUCCUUUACGAAGGCGGAAUUCGUGGGUCUCACAAACUCGUCGAUCCCUGGAUUACAUCGGACUACAAGACUUGCGCGGAGAGAAAGGUCUUCUUCCUCAUGCUCCUUGAUAAGCUAGGUUGCGACGUGAAGCCAGAGUUCAAAGCCUUCUGGGAACUGGCAUGGAGUCUGUGCGUACUUCUCUUAGAUGCGGUACACGAAACCGCCAGAAAUUCUUUCCGCGAUCGAAACAAAGUCCCAGUGCCUGAGGACUUCCUCAAGAAAUCUCGCAAUAUGUGGACAUCAUUCAUUGAUACCCUGCGCGAGUGGCUGCUUCCGUCAGCUACAUUCGAACCAUUGAUUAAACGACUCAAGGAUCAGAUGCCAAACUUUGAAAGGACGCAACUUGCUGAAGAAGAUAUAGAGCACCUGCUUGAAGUCUAUCGGAAGGUUACAUCAUCUCUCACCUCGCAGAACGAAUAG